AGAUGGCAGUAUACAGCCAUUGUUUUGGGUAGAACAGCCAUUACAAUACUUGGUAAACGCGGAAACAAACUUGUCAACUCUGUGCGGCGCCGUGCAUUGAACUGUAAUAAAACCAAGGCUGUUUUUCGGGAUGUCUGGCAAGGACAGGGUUAAGUCCGAGCGCAGGGGGAGUGGCCCCUUCUCCAGGACACGCAGUUCACUGCGCAACUCAGAGAGUGCGGAGUGAGGGAAGGGGGGAGAGAAGAGGCGGAGGAGUGGAGUUAGGGGCCGCAAGUGCUCUACUGCAGGGGAGCUCGAGGGCUCGGCUCAUUCGAUCAGACCUGUCCUCACUCCCAAACGAAAGAAGGGACAAGUGACGGUGAAGAAGGAGGGAGAGGGGAAUAGAGAGAAGGUGAAGCCAAGCAGACAGAGGAGGAAAUCAGUGAAACGUGGAGUGAAACGGGAGAGCGUGGAUGAACCGGACAGCGGGACCAGGCCUGUGAAGAAGGGAACGAAAAAACUAAAGAGCGAGGGAAUAAAAAAGGAGGAAGAAGAGCCAUUGCCUGUACAGCCCAGCUCAUCAGCGGAGAGAGAGACAGAGAAAGGGAGUGUGAAAAUGGAGGGAGGAAGAAGGAAGCUCAUAGGAGCCCACAUGUCCAUAGCAGGUGGGCUCUGGAACGCUGUGCAGGGCUCCGUUACGAUCGGGGGCUGUGUGUUCGGCAUGUUCCUAGGCUCCCAGCGCUCAUGGAAGAGCCGGCCCCUGGAUGAGAAGGCAUUGGCUCGGUUCCGCCAGGCCUGCUCCCAACACGGCUUCACCCCCGACCGCAUACUUCCGCACGGGUCAUACCUGCUCAACUGUGGGUCUCCCAAACCCGAUGUCUAUGAGAAGAGCAGAGCCAUGCUUAUUGAUGAACUGAAGAGGUGUGAGCAGCUGGGCCUGACCAUGUUCAACUUCCACCCUGGCUCCACCCUCCAUGACAUCACAGUAGAGGAGUGUCUGGAUAGGAUAGCAGAUUCCAUAAACCACGCCCACCAGCACACCACCGGAGUCACGACAGUUAUAGAGAAUAUGAGCUGCCAGGGUAACACUGUUGGGGGCAAGUUCUCAGAACUGAGAGGGAUUAUUGAUCGAGUGAAAGAUAAAUCCAGAAUUGGAGUCUGUCUGGAUACCUGCCAUGCCUUUGCAGCUGGUUAUGACCUCUCUGCAGUGGGCGGGGUUAAGAAGAUGCUGGAUGAAUUUGAUUGGACGGUUGGACUGCAGUAUCUGAAGGCAGUGCAUCUCAAUGACUCCAAAGGGAAGCUGGGCUGCCAUCUGGAUCGUCAUGAGAACAUUGGUGAGGGGGAGAUCGGAUUGGAGGGAUUUCGACAAAUCAUGAACGAGCCUCGCCUGGACAACAUGCCCAUGAUCCUUGAGACGCCCGUCAGGUACAGGGGGAGGGGCUGCCCAGUUCAAGGUUUUGAUUGGCUGAUCUGUCUGCUGUGUUCUCAGGCCUGACAUGGACGGCUCAGAGGAGAUCCAGUUGCUCUACUCUCUGUGCCAGUAGAGGUGGCUUUACUUUCCUUGAGCCUCAGCUUCCAUUAUACUGCUGAUCCACCCAGGCUGUGCGGGAGUUAACUGGAAAUCCACACUAUAGGGACUCAAGUCCUCAAUUUGUGAAACAUUUGGAUAGAUGAGAUUAACGAGAAAGUAACGGGUUUGCGGAAAAUCUAGCGUUCCACGUCCCCCCGUGAUGCUACAGCGGCUUAAAUAACAUCCCUGUCAUGUUUCAUUAACAUCCUGACAACUUUUUACACAUAACUUUAAAGUCUGUUUCAAAGCUCUUUUCAAUAUGUCCGCUGUAGUGCACUGGGGUUUGAUUUCUGUCCUCUGAAUCAGUGCUGCUCAACCCCGGUCCUCUGGUUUUCAUUCCAACUGAGCUUUCAAUUACUUAAUUAAACCCUUAAUUAAUAAACUAAUAAUUAGCACAAUUAGGUAUUUUUAAUUGUUUUCAGCUUUUAAACAGUUAGAGAUUUCAACUUCACUAUAAAAUGUCAUUAUAAGUAACUUAAUCUGCAACUUAUUAGGAGCCGAGAACAAUUAAAACGGUCUAAUUAAGCAAAUGAUCAGUUCAAUUAAGGGUCUAGUUAAGUAAUUGAAAGCUCAGUUGGAAUGAAAAUGAGGAUACCGGGUUCCCAGAGGACCAGGGUUGAGAAGCACUACUCAAAAUCACUGCAGGAAGAACAAUGAAAAAACAAACACACACUCUGGCUUUCCUGUACCAGAUCAUGGAUCGUUCUUGCUGUGUUACCUGUUUGACAAUGUGGGCAAAAUCCUGACACUAUCAGUGCACUAGAGUGGCCAUUUUGAAAAGACUUUGAAACAGACUUUAAAGUUAAAAGUGUGAAAAGUUGUCGGGACGUUAAUGAAAUGACAGGUACGUUAUUUAAACAGUUGUAGCAGCACGUGGGGGACGCUGUAUUUUUUGCAACCCCGCUACUUGCUCAUUAAUGGUCUGCAUCUAAAAAAAAGAUACUUCAUCUCCACAAUGAUACAGCGUUCUGCAUUUAUAUAGAAUGUAUAGUAGUUUUUAUAAGAAAAAAAACCACUAAAGAUGCUUAACUGUUGAAUGAAUGUUUAUAUAAAUAACAAGAAAAGAUCAAAUAAGUAUUUCCUAUAUUUGAUGUGUAUAUUUUGUAUAAAAAAAAUAAAGGUAUUGUUUUUAGUUUUUCCAAUAAAUA